AUGGAUCCCGUGCCUCCGGAGAGGAGAACCUGGGGGAGAGGCGCCUUCGUUGCUUACUGGGUUUCGGACCUGGUCACCAUUUCGACGUGGAGCACCGGUUCGGCCAUCGUUACCUUAGGCCUCUCUGCUACCGAUGCCGUGCUCAUCACUUUGGUCGCUGGCAUCUGCAAUGCCGUGCCAACGGUCUUCAACGGUGCCAUCGGUGCCGAUCUGCAUGUCCCCUUUCCGAUCGCUUCUAGAGCGAGCCACGGAUACUGGUUCAGUUACUUUGCUGUUGUAAGCAGAGGCAUCUUGGCUAUGUUUUGGUUCGGUGUUCAUACUGGAUAUGGGGGUACUUGUGUCUCGGCCAUGCUCACUGCUAUCUGGCCCAGUUUCAAGACUCUACCGAAUCACUUGCCCGCAUCUGCAGGUCUCAGCACCGCUGGAAUGAUAUCGUACUUCUUAUAUUGGCUGAUUCAAGCUCCAAUGCUCCUCAUACCUACUCAUAAGCUGCAGUAUCUGUUCUGGGUCAAGACUGUUUUGAUGCCGCCAGUCGCCAUCGGUAUGACUAUCUGGGUGGCGCUGAAAGCAGGUGGCAACGGAGCUUUCUUUAACCAACAGCCCAAGGUUCAUGGAAGUGAGCGCGUAUGGCUGUGGCUCUCGAGUAUGACUAGUGUUACUGGUGGAUAUAGCACUCUCGCAGUAAACAUCUCGGACUUCUCACGCUUCAGCAAAGACCGACAUGCCCAUUACUGGCAGAUACCGACGAUACCGCUUUUGAAAACCUUGACAGCCCUCAUGGGCAUCAUCUCCGCGUCUGCCGCACAGCAGAUAUGGGGUACACCAUAUUGGACACCAAUACAGAUAAUCGACAAGUGGCAAGGCACUCCAGGCGGUCGUGCUGCAGCAUUCUUCUGCGCAGCUAUCUGGCUUCUCAGUCAGGUCAGCGUGAAUGUCAGCGCGAACGCCGUCUCCUUCGCCAAUGAUGUCACGACCAUAGCUCCCAAAUGGUUCAACGUCCGACGCGGAACCAUACUCGUCUCCAUAGUCGGCAGCUGGGCAUUAUGUCCAUGGAUUAUUGUCUCCUCGGGCAAAACCUUUCUCAACUUCAUGAGCGCAUACGCAAUCUUUAUGGCUCCGAUGGCCGGAAUAUUAUUUGCUGACUACUGGUUGGUAAAACACAGGAAAUAUGACGUCCCUGCGCUCUACGACCCACGGGGAAUCUAUCGGUACGGGAAGUACGGCAGUAACUGGCGGGCCGUCGCGGCGAUUUUCAUUACGAUCAUUCCACUGCUUCCUGCCUUAGCCAACAAGGUCAAUCCCAACAUCCGUCUCCAGCAAGGUCUCAAAAAUCUUUUUACCAUCAACUGGCUCUAUGGGUUCUUCCUGUCUAUCUUUUUAUAUUACACUUUGAACUUGUUCUUUCCCGACAAACCCUCAUUGAUACCCAAGGUCAUUACAGGAUUCGAGUAUGUUCACGGCGUAGAGGUUGAUGCGGAGACUUCUUCAAGUGACGGAAAGGGCGAAGACAGUGUGAAGGGAAAGGCCGAGGCAAAAUCGGCAGAGGUACCGGGUGCUUGA